CGUUUUCUACGAGGAAACAAACAAAGUAACAAUUAACAGAAGAAGAAAAAGUUUAUAGAGUUUUUCAGUUUUGCUCUGAAGAAAUGGCUGCUCUAUCAACCUCCAUCGCUAUGCCCAUGAAUCCAGAGAACCACUUUCUAUCAGGUUCCCUGUUAAAGCCGAUGGAUAAAUGCUUCAUGAAAAUAAGCUCCAGUGAACACUUUCCAGGUUCCUCUGUGAGGGCAAAAGCAACACGUAACCUGCCACUUAUAGUUCGAGCAAGUGGGGACGGUGGAAGACCAAGUAGUGGAAGUGUCUUUGUUGGUGGCUUUGUAUUGGGAGGACUAAUUGUUGGCGCAUUAGGUUGUGUAUAUGCACCUCAGAUAAGCAAGGCAAUAGCUGGAACUGGAGCUGACAGUAAAGAUUUUAUGAGGAAACUUCCAAAAUUUAUGUAUGAUGAAGAAAAAGCUCUGGAGAGGACUCGCAAGGUGCUAUCUGAGAAAAUAGCACAGCUAAAUUCUGCCUUAGAUGGUGUUUCUUCACAAUUGUGGACGGAUGAAGACCCAAAGGAACCUGCAUCUAGCUCGGAGGAAGUUGGAGCUUCCAUAUAAUAAAUGAUUUGAGGAUAUUUAAGCACAGUUUCUCACCUUUUUUUGGUGGUCAAGAAAUAUUAUCUUUAGUUAUUGGAUUUUAAGUUUUACGAGUGAAUUUUGCUUAUCAGAAUUAUCUAUUUCUUUUUGUAAUGUUUAAUUGUUUAUAGAUAUUUUUUGUUGGUUUUAGGAAAUUGACAGCAUCAAUCUGGCAUAUUCCUGGUUCUUGGCUGAAAUUGAGGUUGAAUUCCACAAAUAAAAAAAAAAAAUGUUGUCAUCUACUCAAAGUUGCAAGUCCACAAAUUGCUUUUGGAUCAUUGAGUCUAUUCUAUAUGAACUUGUCAGUUGUCACAAGUUGGUUGCAGCAAACGUAGAUGAUUAUCUGGACAUGUGUGUAUUUAUUCACAACAGGUUACACAAGUAAUUUUUUUUAUGUAAUUGGCGAG